GAAGGUUUUCGUCUUUAAUCCAGAGCAACAAGAACACAAACACAACGCAAAGAAGAAAACAUAACGAAGCGCGAAAGAGAAGAGAAAGAAGCCACUGUUACUAAUUACCCUAUUCAUUCAACAAUUCAUCUCGCGAGAAUUUCAACUUCUCGAUCUCAUUUCUUCUCUCCCUCCAAGAUUCAUCACCACGAGCUUCGCUUCUUCUCCGAUCUAUAUUCUUCUCUCUUUCAUUUCUUCGGGUUUUUGAUUUGUGCGAGGAUUAAGGAUUAAGAAGAGGUGAAGCGUUAGAAGCAUGAGCAUCAAUAGCCCCGGCCAAAGGAAGAGCUAGGGUUUUCUAACGUCCAAGGUGAGAUUUCCAUGGGCGAUGGAGGUGUCGCAUGCAUGCCUUUGCAGUAUAGUAUGGAGAGGUUAUCGAGUUCAGAGAAAACGCAUUGCGGAGGCAGUAGUGGGAAUGGCUUCAACUCCAAGUUGCUUAUGAAUAUGAAGUCGAGGGGGAGUGAAUUAGCGUUGGAUAGAGUGGAUAAGAGAAGUGGAAGUGAUGUUGAGAAUGGUGAAAUGAUAUGUGGUGAUAAGGUGCAGAAGGAAGACGUAGAAGAGGGUGAAUUGGUUACUUUGAAGUGGCCUAGAAGUGAAGUUGAAAUAGAGAAUGGAGAGUUUGUGCCGGAAAUGAAUAUGCCGUCGAGACGAAGUGAGAUUGAGAAUGAGGAGAUUGUUAGUGAUAGAUGGAAAGCAAGGGAGUUUGAGAAGGGAGAAUUUCAUCAUGGGAAAUGGAGAAGAGACGACGUGGAAAGAGGAGAGACUGUUCCUGAGAAGGGUAGGAGAGGAGAAAAUGAAUAUGGGCCUUGGAGAGGUGUGAAAGAUGACGCCGAGAGGGGAGAGUUUAAUCCAGAUAGAUGGUAUAAUGGACCAAUUGGGAAGAAUGAUUAUGGUAACAACAGUAACCGCAGAAAUUAUUCAGGUAAGGACAAAGUUUGGAAAUUUCAACGUGAACGUACCCCACCUUCUUGGAGAUAUACAGGUGAAGAUUCUAUUAGGAAGAAAGAAUUUAUUAAUAGAAGUGGGAAUCAGCAUGCGAAAAAUUCUCCCAGGUGGGAGAAUGCACAGCAGAGGAAUAUAAGGAACGGUUCAAAGAUUGUAGAUGACGAGAAAAAUGCAUAUAGCAAUGGUAAGGAUCAUACACGAGAUUACACUUCUGGAAGUCGCUUGAAGAGGCUCGGUAAUGAUUUUGACAGCUAUGAGCGGAAGCAUUCUGCAGAUUUUACAAGUUCAAAAAGUAGAAGGCUUUCUGAUGAUAGCUAUCCUUUUUCAGAGAGCUAUUCUCGUCGCCCUGUGGAGCAGUCUUAUAGAAAUAAUAAUAAUAAUUCUACCAGACUUUCUGCAGAAAAGUAUUCUUCUAGAAAUCAUGAAUCUUCUUUCUCUUCCAGACCAGCUUAUGACAGGCAUGAACGCAGCCCUGUUCAGUCUGAGUGGUCCCCACGUGACCGAAGUAGGCAUUAUGAUCAUAGAGACCGUACUCCAGUGCGCCGAUCGCCCUUUAGUCAUGAGAGAUCUCCAUAUAACCGGGAGAAAUCCCCCCAUGGCCGGGAGAGGUCUCCAUAUAUGAGGAGCUGGGACAGAAGUCGACAGCAUGAUCCUAAAUUGAGAAGUCCAGCGCGCACCGGACAGUCGCCACAAGAUCAGUGCUGGCGACAGCAUGAUCAUAAGAUGAGAAGUCCAGCACUCACUGAGCAGUCGCCACAAGAUCAGGGUUGGCGACAGCACAGUCAUAAAUUGAGAAGUCCAGCACGCGUCGAGCAGUUGCCACAAGAUCAAGGUCGGCAUCAUGAUCACAGGGACUGUAUUCCAAAUUUAGUAGGAGGAUCCCCCCUUGAUCAAACUAGGAAGGAUGUUCAUGAUGAAACAAGUUGCAAGAACUCAUCAGGUGAUAAGCAGAAUUCUCCAAAUAGUUGUAAGAGUGAUGAAGAUAAACACAUUCAAAGGGAGUCGGAUUUUUCAGUUACAGGAUCUCGAGGUGAAAGAAACGUGCAAAAGACUGACGAGUCAAUUGAGAAAGAUAUUAGUGAUAGUCAACUCGUUGAGGAACAGAAGUCCUGUAGUCCCACUAUUGAUCCAAAAGAAUCUCCACACCUUGAGCCACAACCACCUCCCGAUGAGCUGCCUUCAAUGGAAGAAGAUAUGGACAUUUGUGAUACCCCUCCUCAUGUCCCUGUGGUGACAGAUUUGUCAUCAGGAAAAUGGUUUUACCUUGAUUACGGUGGUGUAGAAAAUGGGCCUGCCAAAUUGUGUGACAUUAAGCUCCUUGUUGAUGAAGGGGUACUAAUGUCAGAUCACUUUAUCAAGCACUUGGAUAGUGACAGAUGGCUAACAGUUGAAAAUGCAGUGUCACCAUUGGCUGCUCAGAGUUUCCCGUCCAUUGUGUCAGAUGCAAUAACUCAGCUUGUAAAUCCUCCAGAAGCUUCUGGUAAUAUUUUGGCCGAUACUGCAGAUAUUCAAUCUGGUCCUGAGAAUUAUCUGGGAAAGCCGGGCCCCUCGCUGCUGCCACGCGGACACCCUAGCGAGAGUGUACUUACAUCUGAACUUUUGGACAACUUCUAUAUUGAUGAAAGAGUUCAAAAUCUGUUAGAGGGUUAUGAUGUCAUUCCUGGGUUGGAACUUGAGGCAGUAAAAGAAGCUUUGCAAUUGAAAUUUGAAUAUGCAGAGGAAGAUGGAUUAGGAGACCAUGAAGGUUUUCCUUGGCAUGUUUCCUGCACUAGAGAAGAUUGUGAUUCAAGUACUGAUUUAGCAACAAGAGAUUCUGAAUCUCAGUUUAUAGACAACAUGGGUAAUGGGUUUGGCAUUCCUAAGGAUUGGUUUUCUACCCUUUGGCCAUGCAAAGGUGGUGACUGGAAGAGGAACGAUGAUGCCCACGAUCGAUGUUCUAGGAAAAAACUUGUUCUAAAUAAUGGUUUUCUGUUGUGCCAAAUGCCAAAGUCUGGAUGUGAGGAUCCUCGAUGGCCUGAAAAAGAUGACUUGUAUUUUCCUUCUCAAAACAGGAGUCUUGAUCUCCCUUUGUGGGCUGUUGGUGCUGAUGAGUGGGUUGAUUGCAAUGCUGCAAGCAAGUCUAUUCAAAGUAAGCCUUCUUCUGUCAAAGGAAUGAAAGGAAAUGUUCUUUCAGUGGUAAGGAUAAAUGCAUGCGUUGUCAAUGAUCAGGGAUUGCUGCUCACUGAGUCACGCCACCAGACCCGAGGCAAGGAUAGACAACAUCCAAGGUCAGCUUGGCCAUUCACUUCAACCUGUGAUAGUAAGAGAACAUCAACCGAAGACGAUUCUCAGUCAAAAUCAGUUAGUGAUCAGGGUUCUUACCAAAGCAUGGAGUCCAUUAGUGUCCCUAAAGACCAUCUCUGUACUAUCCAGGAGUUGCAGCUACAUUUGGGUGACUGGUAUUACAUUGAUGGUUCUGGACGUGAGAAAGGGCCUUCAUCAUUUUCAGAGCUACAAUAUUUAGCAGAUCAAGGAAUUGUAAAAAGGCAUAGCAGUGUGUUUAGGAAACAUGAUAAACUCUGGGUUCCUAUUACCUCUACCACAGAAACUACAGAUGUCUAUUUCACGAGCCACCAAAAAAGCAGUUCAACAUUGGGUGCAUGCUUUGAUCAUCCAUCAAAGCAAACUCAAGGUGUUUCAUAUGGUGGAUCUUACACAAGUUCAAGUAUGUUUAACAGGAUGCACCCUCAGUUUGUUGGUUUUACACGUGGGAAGCUGCACGAACUGGUUAUGAAAUCAUACAAGAGCCGUGAGUUGGCCGCUGCUAUAAAUGAGGUUUUAGAUCCCUGGAUCAAUGCAAGACAACCAAAGAAAGAUAUUGAGAAACAGAUAUAUUGGAAAUCAGAAGGCGACACACGAGCUGCCAAAAGAGCCCGGAUGCUGGUUGAUGAUAAUGAAGAAGACAGCGGUUUGGAAGAUGAUGUUACCAUUGCCAAGAAUGAACCCACUUUUGAAGAUCUAUGUAGUGAUGCUACUUUUCAUGAAGACGAAAUUGGUAUCUCUGAUUCUGAAGUGGGAAGCUGGGGCUUAUUGGAUGGUUCGUUAUUGGCACGAAUUUUCCAUUUUUUGAGAUCUGAUUUUAAGUCCCUUGUAUUUGCAUCAAUGACGUGCAAGCAUUGGAGUGCUGCUGUAAGGUUUUACAAGGAAGUUUCAAUACAGGCCAAUUUGUCAUCCUUAGGGCCUUCUUGCACUGAUACUGUGUUGUGGAACAUUAUGAAUGCUUAUAAGAGAGACAAGAUCAAUUCAAUCAUUCUAAUGGGCUGUAACAAUAUUACGGCUGACAUGCUUGAGAAAAUGAUUCUUUCAUUUCCUGGUUUAUGUACCAUAGACAUUAGAGGAUGCAGCCAGUUUGGAGAGCUAACUCCUAAAUUUACUAAUGUGAAAUGGAUCAAGAGCAGAAGUUCACGCAUGGAUAGAAUUGCAGAGGAGCCUCAUAAAAUUAGAAGUCUUAAACAUUUUACAGAACAAGUUUCAUCUACAUCCAAAUCCAGCAAUUUAGGAAUAGAUGAUUUUGGUCAACUGAAAGAGUAUUUUGAUAGCGUGGAUAAGAGAGAUUCGGCAAAACAGUUAUUUCGUCAAAACUUAUACAAGCGGUCCAAACUAUAUGAUGCUAGAAGGUCCUCUUCCAUUUUAUCUAGGGAUGCUCGCACAAGACGUUGGGCAAUUAAGAAGUCUGAAAGUGGUUUUAAGAAGAUGGAGGAAUUCCUUGCUUCAAGACUAAAGGAAAUCAUGAAGUCAAACUCUUGUGACUUCUUUGUACACAAGGUUGCAGAAAUUGAGGCUAAAAUGAAAAAUGGUUAUUACAGUAGCCGUGGAUUAAGCUCUGUCAAAGAGGACAUAAGUAGAAUGUGCCGUGAUGCAAUAAAAGCGAAAAAUCGGGGUGAUUCUGGUGACAUGAAUCACAUUAUCACACUAUUUAUUCAACUGGCAGCUCGGUUGGAAGCGAGUUCUAAAAAUGUGCAUGGCAGAGAUGUCCUACUGAAGUCAUGGGACAGUGACUCGCCAGCAAUGUUCUGUUCUACUUCAUCAAAGUAUAAGAAAAAUAGAUUAGUGAAAGAAAGGAAGUACAGGAGUAAUGGAAAACAUAAUAUUUUGGAUAAUGUAGAGUAUACCUCUGAUAGAGAUAUUAGGAGGCGCUUAUCAAAGUUGAAUAAGAAAUCCAUGGGCUCAGACAGUGAAACAUCUGAUGAUCUUGAUCGGUCUUUUGAUGAUGACAAGAGUGACAGUGAUACUACGUCAACUGAGUCUGAAAGUGACCAUGAAGUACGCUCACAAAUUUUGGUUAGGGAACCAAGAGGGGAUGGAUGCUUCUCACCCGAGGAAGAGUCAAAUUUCAUAACUGAUGACCGAGAGUGGGGUGCUCGCAUGACAAAAGCAAGUCUGGUUCCUCCAGUUACCAGGAAAUAUGAAGUCAUUGAUCAUUAUUGCAUUGUAGCUGAUGAGGAGGAGGUGCGAAGGAAGAUGCGGGUUUCAUUACCAGAUGAUUAUGCAGAGAAGCUGAGUGCACAAAAGAAUGGCACAGAGGAGUCAGAUAUGGAACUUCCUGAAGUCAAAGAUUUCAAACCUAGAAAGCAGCUUGGAAAUGAGGUUAUUGAGCAAGAAGUUUAUGGCAUUGAUCCUUAUACACACAACCUUUUGCUUGAUUCUAUGCCAGGGGAGUUAGAUUGGUCUCUGCAAGAGAAGCAUUUGUUUAUAGAAGACGUGCUCCUUCAAACAUUGAAUAAGCAUGUUAGGAGCUCUACUGGAACUGGAAAUACUCCAAUGAGCUACCCUUUGCAGCCUGUUAUUGAAGAUAUUAAAAGACGCGCUGAAGAAGAUUGUGAUGCAAGAAUGACUAGAAUGUGUCAAGGUAUUCUAAAGGCCAUAGACAGUCGUCCAGAUGACAAAUAUGUAGCUUAUAGAAAGGGGCUUGGUGUUGUUUGCAACAAGGAAGAAGGCUUCUCUCAAGAUGAUUUUGUUGUGGAGUUUUUGGGAGAGGUUUAUCCUGUGUGGAAGUGGUUUGAGAAACAAGAUGGGAUUCGAUCUCUGCAGAAAGAUAGUACAGAUCCAGCACCAGAGUUCUAUAACAUCUACCUUGAGAGACCAAAGGGUGAUGCGGAUGGGUAUGACUUAGUUGUCGUUGAUGCCAUGCACAAGGCUAAUUAUGCUAGUCGAAUAUGUCAUUCUUGCCGACCCAAUUGUGAAGCCAAAGUCACUGCUGUUGAUGGUCAGUAUCAAAUUGGUAUUUAUAGUGUUCGUAAUAUUCAACAUGGUGAGGAAAUCACUUUUGAUUACAAUUCUGUUACUGAGAGCAAGGAGGAGUAUGAAGCAUCAGUUUGUUUGUGUGGAAGCCAAGUAUGCCGGGGGAGCUACUUGAAUCUGACUGGUGAAGGGGCGUUUCAAAAGGUUUUGAAGGACUCACAUGGAAUUCUUGAUCGGCAUUAUUUGAUGCUAGAAGCUUGUGAAUCAAACUCUGUGUCUGAAGAGGAUUAUAAUGACCUUGGUAGAGCUGGUUUUGGCAUUUGUUUGCUUGGGGGCCUGCCAGAUUGGCUUAUUGCCUAUGCAGCUCGCCUCGUGAGAUUCGUCAAUUUUGAAAGAACGAAACUUCCUGAAGAAAUUCUAAAGCAUAAUCUCGAAGAAAAGAGAAAAUAUUUUUCAGAUGUAUUUCUUGAAGUUGAAAGGAGUGAUGCUGAGGUUCAGGCGGAGGGAGUGUACAACCAAAGGCUUCAGAAUCUUGCUGUCACUCUCGAUAAGGUAAGGUAUGUUAUGAGAUGUAUAUUUGGUGAUCCUCGGAAAGCACCGCCUCCUAUUGAGAAACUCAGUCCUGAAGCAACUGUUUCGUCUCUCUGGAAAGGAGAGGGCUCAUUUGUUGAGGAGCUUCUUCAGUGCAUAGCCGCUCAUGUGGAAGAAGACAUCUUGAAUGAUCUUAAAUCCAAAAUUCAUGCUCACGAUCCUUCAGGUUCGAAAGAUAUUCAGAAAGAGCUUCGGAAAUCUCUAUUUUGGUUGAGGGAUGAGAUCCGAAGUCUUUCUUGUACAUAUAAAUGUCGGCAUGAUGCUGCUGCUGACUUACUCCAUAUUUACUCUUAUACCAAGCACUUCUUUAGAAUACAUGAAUAUCAAACCGUUACUUCACCGCCCGUCCAUAUUAGUCCACUUGACUUAGGCCCCAAGUAUACUAACAAGCUGGGAGCAGAGAUUCAGGAGUACAGGAAGGUAUAUGGUAAAAAUUAUUGUUUGGGGCAGCUGAUCUUUUGGCAUAAUCAGAGUAAUGCAGAUCCAGAUCAGAGCUUGGUUAGAGCAAGCAGGGGGUGUUUGUCUUUACCAGACAUCAGUUCCUUUUAUACCAAGGCUCAGAAGCCAUCACAGAAUCGAGUUUAUGGUCCAAGGACUGUCAGAUCUAUGCUGGCAAGAAUGGAGAAGCAGCCGCAGAGAUCCUGGCCCAAAGACCAGAUAUGGUCGUAUAGAAGUUGUCCAAAAUUCUUUGGUAGCCCAAUGUUAGAUGCUGUAAUAAAUAACUCUACAUUGGACAGAGAGAUGGUUCAUUGGUUGAGGCACAGACCAGAGGCCGCGUGGGACCGUUAAAUUCUUGCAUUUUAUGAAGAAGUGGGCAGAGACUACCCGGUGAAACACCUAUUAUCAGAUAUGGAAGGGUUCAUCAUUCGCAGCUGCCUGCCUCUUUUAGGGCGGGGUUCUGUAAUUAUUAAUCCAAGGGUUGUUUUCCUUGUGCCUCAUUUUAGUCAUUCUUAUGUACAGUUUUUCUUGACCAUUGAACUCUAAUUCAUUUGAUUGUAGGGCAGUGUUUCACUCCUGUGUAACAUAUGAAAUGAAAGUUAGGAAGGAUAAAGUAAGGUUAAUUCAAGGCCUUGAUGUGUUAGCAUCUAUAUGUUAGGUAGGGCAAUGUUUUAUAUGAUAAAAUGUGCAAUGUAGUUUUCCUGAUGAUGAAUGGUCUCUGUGAUGACUACAACUAUUUUGAUUUGGGAUGACUUGCGUCAGUGUUGAAAAUUGGCAAAUGUCUAGAACUAGAAUGGAUUCGGUAGUAGUUUUUAAUAAAAAUAGGUGGAGUUACUUCAUUAUAUUUCCGUUGCUUCAUUAUAUUUUCCGACUUGCAUAUUUCUUGUAAAUUGAAUGGUGGGGUGUUAGCAAUCUGAUGCUGGCGAGUUUGUGUUGAGCUGGCAAUUGUCUACUAGACUUAGAAAGGCUGGCUGGAAUUUUGAGCUCAUUUAACCUUCAAUAAUAUCAGGUGAUAUUGCUUGUAAUCAGUAGCUGGUAACCAAUGUUGUGUAGGGAGAAAUAAUUAUACAUCUAUUAUUUGGCGCAAAGGAUAUUAUUGCUUUUGGUUUUUAGGAGGCCAUCAAAGCAUCUCCAA